AUGUUGAUGAAAUUAGCACUAUUGACCAUGGUGGUGUGCGUCGUUCAGGGCAAUACCGUUAACCGAUUGCUGGCCAGUAUUGGCACCGAUGCUAACGAUGCGAACACAUGUCUGUUAACACUGUUCACCGGUCACUGUCAACGGGAAAUCAAGCCCAGCCAACACGAGGCCUACUAUUGUUGCGUAUUGUGGGAUGAGCUAGAUUGUUUCAAAGCCCACUACAAGGCCGAUUGUACUCCAGCUGAUGCCGCAGAGCUCGAGAAAGACUGGGCUACUAUUCAGCUGACAAUCGCCGGUCAGGUUUACAGCGAGCCCUCGUGUACUGCCGAUCACUAUGGCGUCGAUGUGAGCAGGGACGUUUGCAAAGUUACUGUUUAAAUGUAGUAUUGUAAAUAACAAUUUAUAU